GGCGCGGGCCGGGUGGCGGGGCGGCGCGGGCGCGCAGGCAUGGAGGGGGGCCGCCCGCCCGCCAGCACGGCGCAGGUCAGCUUCGUGUGCCAGCGCUGCAGCCAGCCGCUCAAGCUCGACACCUCCUUCAAGAUCCUCGACCGCGUCACCAUCCAGGAGCUCACGGCCCCGCUGCUGACCGCGGCUCCUGCCAGGCCUGGGGAGGCGCACGAAGAGGAGAGCGGCCUGACGGAGGAGGCCUUCACCGAGCACCGGCAGGAUGGCGUGUCCAGGCGGUUCAUCCCUCCCGCCAGAAUGAUGUCAACAGAAAGCGCCAACAGUUUUACUCUGAUUGGAGAGGCAUCUGAUGGAGGCACAAUGGAAAACCUCAGCAGGAGACUGAAGGUUACCGGGGACCUCUUUGACAUUAUGUCUGGGCAGACAGAUGUGGAUCACCCUCUGUGUGAGGAAUGCACAGAUACUCUUCUAGACCAAUUAGACACACAGCUUAAUAUCACAGAAAAUGAAUGCCAAAACUACAAGAAAUGUCUAGAGAUACUGGAACAAAUGAAUGAGGAUGAUAAGGAGAAACUGCAAACAGAACUGAAGGAACUUGCAUUGGAGGAAGAACAACUGAUUCAGGAGCUAGAGGAUAUAGAAAAGAACCGCAAGAUAGUGGCUGAAGACUUUGAGAGAGUGAGGGCAGAGGCAGAGAGACUGGAGCAAGAAGAAGCUCAGUAUCAGAAAGAAUACUGUGAAUUCAAGAGGCAACAACUGGAGCUAGAUGAUGAACUGAAAAGCGUAGACAACCAAAUGCGCUAUGCCCAGAUGCAACUGGACAAACUAAAGAAAACCAAUGUGUUCAAUGCAACCUUCCACAUCUGGCACAGUGGUCAGUUUGGCACAAUAAAUAACUUUAGACUUGGCCGGCUCCCCAGUGUUCCUGUAGAAUGGAAUGAGAUCAAUGCAGCCUGGGGGCAGACAGUGCUGCUACUACAUGCCCUUGCUAAUAAAAUGGACCUGAAGUUUCAAAGGUAUCGUCUUGUACCCUAUGGUAACCAUUCAUAUUUAGAGUCCCUCACAGACAAGUCAAAGGAGCUCCCCUUGUACUGUUCUGGAGGCUUAAGGUUUUUCUGGGACAACAAAUUUGAUCAUGCAAUGGUGGCUUUUCUGGACUGUGUGCAGCAGUUUAAAGAGGAAGUAGAAAAAGGUGAAACACGAUUUUGUUUGCCUUACAGGAUGGACGUGGAAAAAGGAAAAAUUGAAGAUACAGGUGGCAGUGGUGGCUCUUACUCUAUUAAAACACAAUUUAACUCCGAGGAGCAAUGGACAAAAGCACUAAAAUUCAUGUUAACUAACCUGAAGUGGGGUCUUGCCUGGGUCUCAUCACAAUUCUAUAACAAGUAACCAUGUAAAGAAGUUGUCUAGAUGGCUGUAGAGUAUCUGCAUUUUGUUGGAGAAAGUCAAAUUAAGUUGUCUCUUAAUAUUAACCAGUACAAUAUGUUUACAAUACCAAAAAUCCACAUGACACUUUAUUUAAAAUACCAUUAUUACAAGUAGUAUAUAGAAAAGCAAUAUGUAAAGUUAUAUCAUUGAGCUGAACAGAAUAGUAAUUUCAGCUACUAAAUAGAUUAAACUGGUAUUUUGGGAGUUUAUAUGCAUAUAUGUAUAUAUAUAUAGCAUUUGUAUAUAGAUUACUGUCAUACUCUUAAAACAUCAGUGAGUUUGAUAUUAGUGUGUUACAACUUAGCAGAACAUGCAAGUUAGAGAAGUGAAAUGCUACCAACAUGGGGCAUAAUAUGGAAAAAUUCAUGGAGGCUCUGCUUAGUCACUAAAGGCUAACUACAACUCAAAAAAUAUAUUUUCUAAAGUCUUAUCUGAGUACUUAACAUUGUGCCACUGAAAUUUAUCGAGGUUUGAUACUGUACACUAUUAACUAUGAUGAUAUUAACUAUUUGUAAUACUUUCUGCAGUCUGUUCUUGCAAGGAGGUGCACUGAGUAACACCAUAAUAAAACACUAUUCUUCACAAAGGGUGCUUUCGUCUAGCAUAUGCGAGUCACAGCAUAAACAUCCUUUGGAACAUCAGUGGACAUACUGAAUAGGCACCUGCUGCCAUGACAAUUAGACCAGACUUUUCAACAUAAGUGGAAGUCUGUUCUUUACAUAACACUGGUCAACUAGCUGGCUUUCUUAGGGUAAGAACAAACAAGCUUUUGAGCACUGGGGAAGAGGGAGCACAGUAACAAGUAACCUGUCUGCAGCAAGCUGCCUGAGGCAAUAACUGGUUUUUAAAACAGCACUGAAUACAGAAAGAAAGCAUGGCCUUGUUUGUAAUGACUGGGCUUGCAAGUUUCUUCUAGCAAUACUUAUUACCAAGCAAAUUACCAUUCACAUCAAUGCCUUUUCAAAACAAGACUCUUCUUACAGCUUUCUUUUUCUUCAAAGGAAACAUAUUCAUAACUCAGAAGAUGUAGCUCUUACAAUAAAGCUUCUGAUGCUGAAAAAGGUAUUUCUAAGUACUACUUUGUUCCCGUGUCCCUCCCUUCAAAUCAUUAGUGCAUAGCCUGCAAGGAUGAACUUUUCUAAUUAAACUACAGCAUUUGCAAUGUUACAAAACACCUACUAUUCAAAAACAAGUAAGAACAAAUUUAUUUGGGUUUCAUGUGCAGCAUCACGAAAGAUGGACUAUUACCAGUAAUACAGAAGUCUCUUACUGAUAUGCUAGGGUACAGCUACAAAGAUGUAAUUCUACUUAAGAAGUAUAAUUUUGUUCUCUGAAGCUCUUGUUCCACUGUUCCUAUAGUGCUGCUUUGGAGUGGUACUGCCAAUGAUAUGUUUCAAUAUUGCAUAAGAAAAUUCUAAGAUACUUUGUGAAGUAAUGCCAGUGAUACAGUUUAAAUGCUCCACAACCUUUAAAAAAAUGAAGAUACUUAUUUGCAAUGCCUACCUGACAUUAAUUUUCAGAAUUAUUUCUUAUUCCCCCAAAAUCUAACUGUAAUAAUAGUGCUCCAAGGGCAUAUACUAGUGGAUCUUCACUAAAAGUUAAAAGCUCUCUGUAUGUUGCAGGAAGAACAGUAAUAGUGGUUUGAGGUUUUUUAAACAUUAAAAGUACUAAAGAAGUAAAGUGAAAAAGCUACUGUAAUAGCUGCUUAUCAUAGUACUCAGUAGCAGUUUGGGCAGAAAGGUGUGAUUACUUCUCCAAUUGUCAGUGAAGCUAUCUGCGUGAGUUUGUUCUAGCUGUAAAGGAGCUAGGACUGUGAGCAUAAUCUGACACUGUAGUGCAAGCAUGUGCCUUUCUGCUGAAUUGCCGGUAUGCCCUAAUAACCCCCUUACAAAAGUACACACACUUCUUACUAACAAACUGAAAGAUGUCACCUCCUUCAUGUUACUUCUAGUAUAGUCUCCUUGCUGUGCUUAAACAAUAAAAUAUAAACAAUCUUCACA